AUGGUAGGAAUGGUGGUGACAAUCUCACCAAGCUUCAACUUGUACAAGAUGGUGGUCUUACCGGCGGCAUCCAAACCAACCAUCAAUAUUCUCAUUUCCUUCUGGCCGAAGAAGUUGAACAAUUUAGAGAUAGACAAACCCAUUGCGACGCGAUUUCAGGUGCUAACAAAAGAGAAACAGAGGUGA